AUGGUACGAACACCAUGUUGCAAAGCAGAAUUAGGGUUGAAGAAAGGAGCUUGGACUCCGGAGGAAGAUCAAAAGCUUCUCUCUUACCUUAACCGUCACGGUGAAGGUGGAUGGCGAACCCUCCCCGAAAAAGCUGGGCUCAAGAGAUGUGGGAAAAGCUGCAGAUUGAGAUGGGCCAAUUAUCUAAGACCUGACAUCAAAAGAGGAGAGUUCACUGAAGAUGAAGAAUGUUCUAUCAUCUCUCUUCACGCCCUUCAUGGCAACAAAUGGUCUGCUAUAGCUCGUGGAUUACCAGGAAGAACAGAUAACGAGAUCAAGAACUACUGGAACACUCAUAUCAAGAAACGUUUGAUCAAGAAUGGUAUCGAUCCUGUUACACACAAGGGCAUAGUCUCCAAAUCAGAACAACUCCCGGAGAAACAAAACGUUACUCAAACAACGACUAGGUUCUUGAACAGAGUAGCUAAUAGGUUCGGAAAGAGAAUCAAUCAUAGUGUUCUGUCUGAGAUUAUCGCAAAUAAGUCAACGAGCUCGUCCUUCACACCAACCUCGAAUCUUCUCUUCCAGAUGGCCGUUGCAACAACUCCUGUUUCAUCGGUAUUUGACGUUGACGGUAACGUGAAUCCGAUGUCGUCUUCGUCCACGUUCUCUGAUUGCUCCGUUAACGAUCCUCAAAUGUACUUUGAUAGUUUCAUUGAGGAUACUAUCGGUUUCUCAAAGUUUCUGAAUGAUGAAGAUUUCAUGGCGUUGGAGGAUUCUUGUGUUGAGAACAAUCUGUUUACGGAAGAACUUGCGAGGUUUCUUCAGGGAGAUGAAACCGACGUCGUUGAUGUCACGCCGGUCUAUGAACGUCAAGACAUUUUUGAAGAGAUUGAAACAUGGUGUAAUAACGGGUAA